AUGGCUUGUUCAGCGUUCAACGCCUUUGGCUGCAACUAUAACGAGGAGGCGCUCCUGGAUAUGGCUCAUUCCAUGGUGGACGAGGGUCUCGUUGAAGCAGGAUAUAACUCCAUCAUCUUCGACGACUGCUUUACGAAGAAAGAGCGGGGUGAUGAUGGAAAGCUACUUGAAGAUCCGGAGAGGUUUCCUUCGGGUAUGCGAAGCUUGGCUGACAAGCUCAAGGGGCUGGGCAUUUCUGCAGCUGCCUACUCAGACGCUGGCUAUAAGACAUGUGCCGGGUAUCCUGGAUCUUAUGGGCAUGAGGAAGAAGAUCUCCAAACCUUCAGCGAAUGGGGCUUUGACUAUCUCAAGUACGAUAAUUGCUACAUUCCAUUCGACAGUGAAGUGCAAGAGAAUGUAUAUGAUCGUUACGUACGCAUGGCCAAAGCUAUUGCCAGUCGAGCAGCAAAGAAGGAUGAGGAGCCAUUCUGGUUUUCUAUCUACGAAUGGGGUUGGCAGCAACCAUGGAUCUGGGGCAAACGACUGGGCCAUAGCUGGCGCAUCAACGGCGACAUCAAACCGUGGUGGAACUCGCUCGCAGCCAUCAUCGACAACGCAAGCUUCCAGUACUAG